AUGAAUGACACAAAGCAACAUGGAGAGGCAAAGGUGGCGAAGGAGAGGAUUGAGGCAGUGGAACCGGAGAAGAACUUGAUCACGUUCAGGGUCAUAGAAGGUGAUCUGAUGAAAGAGUACAAGAGCUUUGUGAUCACGAUCCAGGUGACCCCUAAGCGUGGAGGGCCUGGAAGUAUUGCGCAUUGGCACCUCGAGUAUGAGAAAAUUAGUGAGGAGGUGGCUCACCCUGAAACUCUCCUUCAGUUCUGUGUCGAGAUUUCUAAAGAGAUCGACGAACACCUCUUGAACGAAGAUUCAGGGAUUGCUCCUCGUGUGGCUUUGUAA